AUAUCUCUUAUAUCUUUUGAAGAUAUGCGUGUACCGGAAGAAGUUGGAGGGGAAGUAGUCCCAGUUGAGUUACUUCCUCGUGCUCCAGAAUGUAAACGAGCUGAUGAAUGUAAUGUUUCGUGUUCAUUGGAGCGUAUUAGGCAAGACUGUUUUAUUUGCAAGUGCCCCAGCACAGAUUCGAACCCAGGACAUAAAGAUGCACCAGAGACUGUCAUCUUGACGAACAAGCCUCAGGACAAGAUUCCUUAUGACCCAAUGUGUCAAGCUUCUCCUUACGAUUGUCCUCAUAAUUGUGCCGUGUACGAGUUUAAUGUUGGGUGUUUUAAGUGUGAUUGCAACGAAUCCAGCGCAUUUCAAGGAGUUAUGGCUGAGGGAGAUAUCUGUCAUCUUCCAAAAGUGGUAGGACCUUGUGGAGGAAGAGAGCCACGCUUCUUUUACAACACUGAAAGUAAGAAAUGCGAAUUAUUUUACUUCGGAGGUUGUAACGGUAACGGAAACAGAUUCCUUAUCUUGAAAGAGUGUGAAGACACGUGCUUCGCCAAAAGUAGAACACCACAGAAAUGUUCACCGGAUGAAGAAUGUGAUGGCCCAGGUGGCGCUACAGAAAACUUUAGUGAAAUUCGAGUCAUCCUUUCCUUGCUGUUAAUUGUUUUCGUUUUGGGUGAUCUUUUAAACUGAAUUACUUUUCCUGUUGCAUCAAUCCUGCUUCAAGAUUCAACCGAAGAUGGUACUUUACAGAUUUCAACAUCGCUGAAAAACUGAAUAUUACGUAUCUCUGAUCUGAGAUCAGUCUUACCAGAUUGCUGUCUGUUGACGUGAUUCGACGGCUAUUUCGGAGUACUCGAAAUAGCAAUAAAAAUUAACGUUUGUUUUAUUAGUAGUAGUAGUAUUUAUAUUGUAAUUAGUUCUCAUAGUGUGUAAUAAUCAAAUAAAAAAGGCUUAAUUCAUAUUCACAACAAUGUUUAAGUUUUAUGGAUUAUUGAACAUAUUUGGUAAACAUAACCAAAUAACAAGUACUGAGUUCACUUUGAGUUUGUUUUUCGUGUCUUUUGAAAUAUGUAUAUAUUUAUUGUGGUUUAAAAACUACUAUGUCAUAUAAAAAUAAAUGCAAAUGUUUAUGAUA